UAUCUUCGAUAUUCAAAACUUUGAAUCCACAGACAGUCUGUUGUUUCACGAAAAACAAUUUGCCGUAUCACCGUGUGUUGUGGACGACGAAUUGUAGUUUUGUUAUCGUUUGAGGAAAAAGAAGAACAUAAUCAACAUGAGCUCUAUAGGAACGGGUUAUGAUCUUUCCGCAUCGCAGUUCUCGCCAGAUGGUCGUGUUUUUCAGGUGGAAUAUGCACAGAAAGCAGUGGAUAACAGUGGUACUGUAAUAGGCCUGAGGGGAAAAGAUGGCGUUGUAUUUGCCGUCGAAAAACUUGUCACUUCAAAAUUGUAUGAGCCAGGUGCGAACCAAAGAAUAUUCAAUAUCGACAAACAUGUUGGAAUGGCUGUGGCUGGUUUGAUAUCAGAUGCACGCCAGAUUGUGGAGACUGCCCGGACAGAAGCAGCCAAUUACCGCGCCCAGUAUGGAGAUGGAAUCCCACUGCGUCACUUAGUGGACAGGGUUGCGGGCUACAUGCACGCUUACACUUUGUAUAGUGCUGUGCGUCCAUUCGGAUGUAGUGUGGUUCUUAGCAGCUACGAACCUGUUGAUGGGCCUGCUAUGUUCAUGAUUGAUCCUUCAGGAGUUUCCUAUGGCUACUAUGGCUGUGCUGUUGGUAAAGCAAAACAGGCUGCAAAAACAGAGAUCGAAAAGCUGAAGCUGAGUUCCAUCAGUAUCAAGGAUCUGGUGAAGGAUGCUGCAAAAAUAAUCUACCUUGUCCAUGAUGAGCUGAAGGACAAGCAGUUUGAACUUGAAUUGAGCUGGGUAGGAAAUGUAACCAAAGGUCUGCACGAGCGUGUGCCCGCACCUGUCUUCGCAGAAGCAGAGAAGGCAGCCAAAGCUGCGAUGGAGGACGACUCUGACUCAGACACGAUAGACACGUGAUUGUCUUCUGCGAAGACUCAUUUUGUGCCUGUCCAACUUUAAUGUGCUCAUUCAUUAUUUUAAUAGUUUCUGGAAUAAAAUACUGGAAGCCUCA